UUGUGAGUUGUCACCAUUAGACAUUUCACGUUGUCAAAUUAAAAUGUCAGCUGUUGUCACGUCAGAGAUCACUUUCAGGCAAAAAUAAAAUAAAUUUGUGAAUUGAUUAUUGUACGUCCUUACACAAAUAAAAAAAAAUAUCAUUUUCAAAUAAAAAAUGGCACCAGCGACGGAUUGGGAAGAAAUAAAACGCUUAGCUGCGGAUUUCCAAAAAGCUCAGCUUAGUUCUACAGCACAGAGAUUGUCAGAACGAAAUUGUGUGGAAAUUGUAACAAAGUUGAUUGAACUAAAGUUAAUAGAUGUUAUCUUUACUAUCAACGGAAAAGAAUACUUAACUUCACAGCAACUAAUUAAGGAAAUUAAAGAUGAGCUAUAUGUACAUGGUGGUCGCAUAAAUGUUGUUGAUCUUGCAAAAGAGUUAAUUGUAGACCUUAAUCAGAUCAAUAACCAUGUAGCUGAAAUAAUUAAAGGAAAAGAAGUGCAGCUUGUGGCUGGAAACUUGAUCACUCCUUAUUAUUUAGAGAAAAUUGCAAGAGAAAUUAAUGAAAAACUACAUCUUCAAGGACAAAUAACUAUUGGAGAGCUAACACUUCAAUAUGACCUCCCUGCUGAACUGCUUCAGAGCAGUGUCAUGGAGAAGUAUUUGGGCAAAAUAAUAUUUGGCAAACAAGAUCCUUCUGAACCUAGAACAUUUUAUACUGAAGAGUAUAUUACUAGAACAAAAGCAAAAAUUCGUGGUGCACUAAUGGGUUUGCUAAAACCAACACCUGUUGCUGUCAUUGUUAAUCAUUGCAAUUUAUCUGAUCGCCUGUUUUUAUCUCUAUUUGACCAGAUUAAUGCAACUGGUGUAUUAACUGGGCGCCAAGUUGGAGCAUUGUAUGUGCCAUCUUGUUACACUAAGUCACAGAAUGAUUGGGUGUUAAACUUUUAUAAACAGAAUAAUUAUCUUGAAUUUGAUGCUUUAACAAGAUUGGGUAUAUCUGAUCCGAAAGGUUACAUAAAAAGGCUCUUUUCAACUGAAGAUAUGACCUUCCUAAGUAGCUGUGUGAUUGGUUCUCAAAUAAAGCAACAGUUGGAGACAGCAUUAGAUGAAUGUAUAGCUUCUAAAAGUUAUUUAGAUGUUGUGUCCCUCUUGCCAUCAGUGUUGUCAGAUAUGGAUAUUGAAAACAUUCUUGAUGCUUUACUCAAAAAUAAUUCAAAGUCAACAGUUUUGUUUGAAAAUACAGUUUUCAGCACUCAUUUUUUGGAUAGUUUGAAACAAUUAUGCAUGCCCAUGACACAGAAAAAUGCAGAGGCAGUUGUAAAAUCAGGUGCAUAUCAACAGUUUUAUUUAGAAAAGCAACUAUCAAAAUCUGCUGACUCUGGCCAGUCAGGUCAUGUUGAUCAUAAAGCUGAAAGGAGAGAAGAAAGAAGGAGAAAAGCAGCAUCAGGCAAAGGUGGUGGUGGCACACAGGGAAGGGAAACAAAAACUAAAACUGUUAAGAAACAUCCUCGGUCAAAACAAGUAGUUAAUGAUGCAGACUCAGAUGAUGGAUCCAAUGUGGUUAGAAAGCCUGAUCAACUUGAAGUUGUGAGUCUGGAAGAUGUGGAAAAUAUUAUUAAAGGGGCAUUGGAAAGUGAGGGCCUUGAUGAUUUGCUGGUACAGGUUGCUGAAUACCUUCAGGGAGGUUUAAACCUAACGGCGUUAACCAUAGCAAAAGAAACUGCUGAUAAGCUACUGCAAGAUGCUAGUCAGAAUAGAAAACAGACUCACAGCUCUGCUCAGGACAAGAUAAACAUUUUAGUUAAUGAUAUUAAACUGUAUGAGAAAGGAAUAAAGUCAUUUCCACCUGAUCAACAAGUACAAUUCAUCAAAUAUUUACUCAAAACAUUGGGAAGUGACAUAAUAUGUGAAUUCUGCAAGUAUGCUGCAAAUCAAUGUAAUUUAUCUGUUCAAGUGGAAACUUUGUCUGUUGAACAAAAGAACAAAAUUAUUAAUGACUUGACUGAAGAAUAUAAGAAACCACUAACUGCACUAAAUGCUACUAUAUCUGAUCAAAAUAUGGAGUUGUUUUAUCAAGCAAUUGAUACCUGUUUGUCUGAUUUUGGAAUGAUUUUGAAAAAGGCAGACAAGAAGAAAGAUAAGCUUUUAAUACAAAACCACAGAGAGAAAUUAAUAUCAGAGUUGGAAGCUUGUGAAGAUCCUGCUUUAAGUCUGCAUCUAGCUGUUUUGGCAAUAUUCACAAUAGCCACUCAAAGCAUGUUACAUUGCUCGGGCAGACAAGUCCCCACAGUAAUAUCAUUUUUGAAAUCAUUAUUAAAACAAGAAGACUUUGAAAGACUGCAACUGUGUCAUGAGUUAGUUGGAAAAUAUUUAAAAGCUUCUGACGAAGAAAAACCUAAACUUGAAGAUGUACUGAAAACGGAAAUGCCCGUUUUAAAAAAUAUGGUUCUAGAAAUAAAAAAAUAUAAAUGAAUGUUACACAAAUAAUCCGCUUAUUAUAUUGUAGAACAUUGCGAUAUGUUUAACAUGCAGUAGCCUACAUGACAAUGUAACCGCGUCAUAUAUGUAUAUCAAUAUAAGUGAAUGUAUUUAUAAAUAUUCAAUAAAUGGGAUUUGGUUUCUAAAAUGAAUCUGGUUAUUAAAAUGAA